CCCCAGUUCCAGGAGGGCUCCCUCGCUGCCCGCGUGCACCGCAGCGAGCUGAUAACGGAGAGCCAAAUGCAGUCCGUGUUUACAGAUAUUGGCAAAAUCAACUUCCAAGAUCCCUCAAAUUACUGCCUGAUCCCCAGUGUGCCGGGCCUAGCGCCCAAUUCCGUUGCCUCCGCGGCUUGGCUUAGCAGUGACGGAGAGGCUCUCUUUGCUCUUCCUUCUGCUUCGGGAGGAAUCUUUGUCCUCAGGCUGCCUCCUCAUGAUGUGCCUGGGACAGCUUCAGUCGUGGAACUGAAACAGAGCUCAGUGGUGCAGCGUUUCCUUACUGGUUGGAUGCCAACUGCCAUCAGAGGUGACUGUGGCCCGUCGGACCUGCCUGUCAGCCUUUCUGUCCACUGCCUAGAUCACGAUGCCUUUCUCUUCGCUCUCUGCCAGGACCAUAAACUUCGGAUGUGGUCCUACAAGGACCAAAUGUGCCUGAUGGUUGCAGAUCUCCUGGAGUUCGUGCCGGUGAGCAAGGACCUGCGGCUGGCGGCCGGGACGGGGCACCGGCUGCGCCUGGCCUUCUCCCAGUCCCUGGGGCUCUAUCUCGGCGUGUACCUGCACGCACCCAAGCGAGGGCAGUUCUGUGUCUUCCAGCUGGUGAGCACCGAGAGUAACCGCUACAGCCUUGACCACAUCUCAUCGCUCUUCUGCUCGCAGGAGACUCUGGUCGACUUUGCUUUAACCUCGGCAGAGAUUUGGGCGCUGUGGCACAAUGAAGAGAACCAAACCAUUGUGAAAUACAUCAAUUUUGAGCAAAAUGUUGCAGGCCAGUGGAACCAGGUCUUUGUGCAGCCACUACCUGAAGAAGAAGUGACAGUUCGACAUGAUCAGGACCCCAGGGAAACCUACCUGGAGUACAUCUUUACGCCUGGCCGCUUCACAAAUGCAGCCAUCCAGAAGGCUUUACAGAUCUUUUCUCAAGGAACUGAGAGAGACUUGGAUCUGACGUGGGAUGAGUUAAAAAAAGAGGUUACCUUGGCUGUGGAAAGCGAGUUCCACAGCAGCGUGACAGAGUACGAAUGCUCCCCGGAAGAGUUUUGGCAGUUGCAGGUGGAGUUCUGGUCCAAGUUUUACGCCUGCUGCCUUCAGUACCAAGAAGCUCUCUCACGGCCCCUGGCCCUGCUCUUGAACCCCUACACCAACAUGGUGUGCCUGCUGAAGAAGGGGUCUCUGUCUUUCCUCAUGCCCUGCUCCAUGGUGGACCAUCUCUAUCUCCUCUCUAAUGAGCACCUACUGACCGAGGAUGACGCUGCCGUCUUUGAUGAUUUGGAGAUGUCUCGUGAUGUUGUCUGUCUUGUCCAGUGCCUUCGACUGAUUGGAGAAUCAAUUUCCAUGGAUAUGGCCUUCCUCAUGGAAAUGGCUUGCUCCCGCCUCCAGCCUCCAGAAAAGGCUGCAGAGCAGAUCUUGGAGGACUUGAUAGCUAAUGACACGGAAAAUGUGAUGGAGGACAUUCACAGCAAGCUGCAGGAGAUCCGAAACCUGAUCCACGCCAUGGGCGUCCUGAUCCGAGAGAUGGACUACGAGACGGACGCCGACAUGGAACGAGCUCAGCCUCUCGCCGUGCGCAUGAACCUCGCGCAGCUGUACGGCAGCGGCACCGCGGCCACCGUGGUUUGCUGCGGGGUGGGCAAGAUCGCCACCAUCCGGUUCCUCAUCUGCCGGGACCUGCUCGUCCUCCAGCAGCUCUUGCUGCGCCUCGGAGACCCUAUGGUGCUGGCAGGGGGGCAGCUCUUCCAGUCUCCGCAGGACCUGCUGCACCGCACCUCUCCUCUGCUCCUGUCCUACUACCUGAUCAGGUGGGCGAGCCAGUGCCUCGCGUCGGACAUCCCCGUGGACACGCUGGAAUCUAAUCUGCAGCAUCUGUCUGUCUUGGAAUUGGCAGAUACUACUGCCAUAACUCCCUAUAAACUAGUGUCCAGCCCCCAAACGAUCGUGGAGCUCUUCUUCCAGGAGGUGGCCAGAAAACACAUCGUCUCCCGCCUCUUCUCGCAGCCGAACGCCUCGCUGGCCGACACGAGUUUGAAUUGGCCCCAUCUGAUCACUGCAAUCGUGGCUGACUUCCUGCCGCUCCUGUGGCCCAGCAAUCCCGGCUUCCUCUUUCCAGAGUGUUUGAUGGGGAGCUGUCAGUACACCCAGCUGCAGGAGUACAUCCGCCUGCUGCAGCCCUGGUGCCACGUGAACAUGGGCUCCUGCUGCUUCAUGAUGGGUAGAUGCUACCUGGUCAUGGGUGAAGGGCACAAGGCUUUGGACUGUUUCUGUCAAGCUGCAUCCGAGGUGGGAAGAGAAGAGUUCUUGGACAGGCUGAUCCAAGCUGAGGAAGGCGAGAUGGUCUCCACCCCACACCUGCAGUACUACAACAAGGUUCUGCGCUUGCUGGACAUGGUUGGUUUGCCAGAGCUGGUCAUUCAGCUGGCCUCGCUGGCCAUCAUGGAAGCAGCGGAUGACUGGAGGAGUCAGGCUACUUUGAGGACUUGCAUCUUCAAACACCACUUGGAUUUAGGACAUAACAAUGAAGCAUACGUGGCCUUAACACAAAACCCAGAUCCAAGUAGGCAGCUGGACUGUCUGCGCCAGCUAGUGGUGGUUUUGUGCGAGCGCUCCCAGCUCCAGGACCUGGUGGAGUUCCCCUUCGUGAACCUCCAUAACGAGGUCGUGGGGAUCAUCGAGUCACACGCUCGAGCCGUGGACCUGAUGACCCACAACUACUAUGAGCUGCUCUACGCGUUCCACAUCUACCGCCACAACUACCGCAAGGCCGGGACAGUGAUGUUCGAGUACGGCAUGCGCCUGGGCAGGGAGGUGCGCACGCUCCGCGGGCUCCAGAAACAAGGGAACUGCUUCCUCGCCGCCAUCAACUGCCUGCGGCUGAUCCGCCCCGAGUACGCCUGGAUAGUGCAGCCCGCCUCAGGAGCCGUGUAUGAGCGCCCAGGAGCAUCCCCAAAGAGAAGCCAUGAUGGGGAAUGCACGGCUGUGCCAACCACACGUAAGAUCGAGAUCCUGGAGCUGAAGGAUCUGGAGAAGGAGUGCGUGUUGGCCCAGAUCCGGCUGACUCUGGUGCAGCACGACUUGUCAACGGCCGCUGUGGCAGGCAGCUCUACGCCCGAGGAGACGGUCGCUCUCCUGGUCCGGGCCGGCCUCUUCGACACCGCCAUUAGCCUGUGCCAAACGUUCAAGCUCCCCUUGACGCCCGUCUUUGAGGGACUCACUUUCAAGUGCAUCAAGCUGCAGCUGGGAGGCGAAGCGGCGCAAGCCGAGGCUUGGGACUGGCUAGCAGCCAACCAGCUCUCCGCGCUGGUCACCACCAAGGAGUCCACCGCCACGGACGAAGCCUGGCGCCUGCUCUCGUCCUACCUGGAGCGCUACCCGGCGCAGAACAGCCUGCACCACCGCUGCGUCAUCAACAAGCUCCUGGCGCACGGAAUCCCGCUGCCCAACUGGCUCAUCAACAGCUACAAGAAAGUGGAUGCUGCUGAGCUGCUGCGCCUCUAUCUGAACUACGAUCUGCUGGAGGAAGCCGUGGAUCUGGUCCUGGAGUACAUAGAUGCCGUGCUCGGCAAAGGCCACCAGUAUUUUGGAAUUGAGUUCCCUCUGUCUGCCACAGCCCCCAUGGUGUGGCUGCCCUACACUGCUAUCGACCAGCUGCUCCAGGCCUUGAGGGAGAGCACCACGAACCAGCACAACAUGGGGCUCUACCAGAAGGUACACGACAAGAUCGAGGACUACCAGCAGAAGGUCAGCGUGGCCACGCGGGACCGCCUGUACCGGCACAACUAGCCCAGGC